AUGGAGCCUCGCGUCAAACGCUCCAACCGCACCCGGCUACGAAAUGGAGGAGCCUCCGCUUCGUCUCCCGCGAGCUGCGCAGCCGCCUCUGCUCAGCAGUCGAAUUUGACGAGGAAAAUUUUCUGGAAAACACAGCUGUGCCCCAAGUUCCAGGCCACCGGCGUGUGCCCGCGGAAGGAGCACUGCAGCUUCGCACACUCCAAGGAGGAGCUACGGACGCCACCCGACCUCCGCUGUACCAAGUGGUGUCGUCGCGUUUUCCGCGGACAAGUGUGCGAUACUCCGGAGUGUCCCUACGCCCACAGCAAAGACGAUCUUCGCUGUAACGGCCAUCAGCUGCUGACCUUCAAAACAGCAAUGUGCAAAUUCCACGCCAAGGGCGCCUGCCUCAGCGGGAAAAAAUGCCGAUUUGCUCACACGAUGGCGGAGCUGCGUGUGGGGACCGACGAGCUCAACACAAACAGCGAAGACAGCCGCACCCACGCCACCAGACGAGGCAGCCUUAUCAGCACUCGCAGCGAGGCUUCGGCUGCGGACAGCGGCGAGUCCCCGCCGGUGAACGACCUGGUGGCGUCCGGCCUGCGUGCCGCCCUCGCUUCGCUGGAGAAGACGGCGAGGGCGAACUCGAAAGGACCCGCGCCGCGGUGUGAGCAGGAGGACGUGCAUCGCGGAGGCGCCGACGUCGUCUCCGCGACGCAGGGAAGCGAUUCCGAGCUUCAUGCCCGCCCCGCCCAGCGGCGGCCGCGGCACGUCUCGAAGCCACACCCUUCCGGGGGCGCGCACCUCGUGCCGAGCUCGCGCGGCGCUCCGCGUGAAGAGCCGCAUCACGGAAGCGACACGGAGGGGCGCGAGAGGCCUGCAAAAUGCUGCGGCGCGGCACGCGAAGCAGAUCAGCCUGCAGCUGGGACGCAGCUCAAGAACACACCUGUGCGCGAGUCCUCGUUGAAGAAAGCAGAAAGAGAGGCACUGCGGGUAUGGCAAGUGAAGCCUUGUGGAACUGACCACUCGAGCGAGGAUGCGAACGGCGACAAGGCACACGGCGGAGCCCGGAGGGACAGCUUGGAGGGAUGCCGCGGGCGGCGCGCCAACACACCUGUGGCUGUAUCGAAGAUGACGUUUCUGGCGUACAAGCAGGCAAUGGAGAAAGCGAGGAAGAAGGGCGCUGGACAUUCUCAAAGGGGCCUUCCCGAUGUGCGGAUUGCCGCAGUCCUUCGCGAAGACGACGCCAGCGACUGUCCGGACUCGCCGAGGGCAACGACUCCUUCCGAGGGUGAUGUGGCUCCCGCUCUACAAGUCUGCUCGCCCGAUGACUUUAUGGACUCUCUUGACGCCCAUUCUGUCCAAGACAUGACAGCCGCGUCAGGCAGCGACUGCUCACUGAGCAACCUGAACAGUUCUCUGAAUCCGGAGGCUGCUCCGUUUGUGCCAUCUCUUUUCCCAGGCGCCUCGAAUCCGCGACUUGGAGCCCAGCGAGGAUCCUGCGAACCCCCCCCGCUCGGCGCGACUGGCGGCGACUCGAGAGGACUGCCUUCCCGCGUCCCUCUGGAGACGUCGUCGGGCUUUGCCAGCCAGGGCGCCCGCGCGUCUCCUGUUGUGUCUUCGCUUGCGUCGCUGGGGAAUUUGAGUCCUGGCGAACUCGUGCGGUUCCGGCAAGAGACGUUGACCGCUCUCUCUGGCGGAGGUUCGCCAGAGGGACAGCGCUUUCUGCAGUCGUUUCUCCGCGAGUUCGGCGAGGCCGCCGCUGCCCUGGGCCCUAGCCACGUUGGCUCUGCAGGCGCUUCAGGCGCGGCUCGCGUGGCAGGCAGCGCCGGGGUGGACAGUGCGCUCUUUCCAGGCAUCCAGACUUCAGUGGGGGGCGAGCGAGGAGAGAGUAAGGGAGCAGCCGCGUUGGUGGCUUUACUUGCGGUUUCACGUCUCCUUUCGCCGCCGGCAGUCCCUCACUCGGCAAUCCCUCCGCCGCCAGUCCCUCCGCCACCAAUCAACCCCCCAGGCGUGGCGCAUCUCUAUCACUCGUGCUCGUCGCUGUCUUCUCUCGCUGGCGGCUCUACGCAUCUCCGUCACGCUGAGGCGCCGGAACAGCUGCCCGCUGCCUCAGCGACGCGCACCGAACAGGAGAAGACAGACGCGAAUCCGAACGCGAUUUUCACUUUGGCCGCGGCCCUCUUGGCGAUGGCACCUCAUUUGGCAAAACACGGCACGGCGGCGCCUGUCCCUCCGAGCUCCGCUCCGGCGAUGCGCUUACCACAGGCGCAAGGAGCCGAUUGGUAUCCCCCGGAAGGGGCGACGUGGACAGGUCACCGCCUCCCCGCCGUCGCGCCCACUCCUGCAGCGCCCGCCGCGCAUGACUAUCCUGCCUUCCGCGACUACUUGGCGGCUCAGGCGCAUCAUUUUCAGCAAGCCCAGAGUUGCGCUGCGCCUUCCCUGGCUGAGGCCACGCGGAGCGUCGUGGCUUCGCUCCCUCGGUUCCUGCGGCUGGGGGGGGCAGGCGACUCUGGCAGUCUCGCAUCUGCGCCUCUCGCCGCAGUUUCGGGCCUUCAUGCGCCGUAUGCGACUGGGGGGCCGUCUUCGCUCCACCACUUGGAGCAGCUCCGGCAGUAUUUGAAUCUACCACGCGCCUCGGCGCAUCGCGCGGAAGCAGACGACAGCUCCGACGCGGGUUCGAAUCCGUCGUCGUUCUCUUACGCAGACUCAUCUCUCUCAGGAUUGUCGAGUGUUCCUUGGCCGCUGGGGCCCCGAACGCAGUCCUUUUUUUCCUCCUCAGUGGGCUCUCCGAAGAGCUAUGAGGAGACCGCUGCAGGCGGGGGCGAAGGAGAAGGCCGUCGCGGCUCAGAGGUUUCUUUCUGUGGGGACUUGAAGUCUUCACUGCUUUCCCGCAAGAGCGUCGGGGAGCACGUGAAGGGCCCCCGCGCGAGGUCUGCUGCAGAGCGAGUCCCUCUGGAAGAAUUCUUGAGGCAGGCGACGGCGGAGGAGAGAGAACCCGAGGGGCGAAGCUCAGUCACCGCCGAUGAGCUGGCGGAGUUCUUCGCCUCUGUCGCCUCGCUGGGGCUUUCAGCGAAGCACGGCACGGGCGCGGGGAAGCCGAAGGGCGGCGGCUCCGUGGAGGGAGCCACCAAAGGCGACUUCGACCGUUGCUCAUCCCUCCUCACCACUGUGACGACUACAGAGCCUGGGCCUCCGCUUGUGACCUGCGGAAGCUCAGGCUCGAGUGAAGACUUGCUGAGUGCCCUGAGAGGAGCUGAUUUCACUGACAACGGGUCGCUUUUUUUCGCAGAGGAGCGGGACGGUGGAGACAUCCCGACCGGCGGCGCAGGCUACCAGUGCCCGGCGGAGCACGACGGUCAGGGCCCAGAGAGAUGUCCGAGAAACCGCGGACUCUGGGCUGCGUUCGUAGGGCAGAUGGCAGGUCGCCUCGCAGAGCUGCCGAAGGAGGAAAAGGGAAGCGCUUUUUCACUCUCGUCAAGGCAGGAAAUUGAUUUUUGCGUCAGCGGAUCCCGCGCACUUGAUCAAGAAGUGUGA